AAGUCACUAAUGAUGAUUGCGAGUUCAAGUUGUGCAGAGAGAAACAUUUAAACUGCAUUAAGUAUGCUCAAACGUUGAAUCACGCAGUACAGUUCUUGACUCUGAAAAUAUACAUUUUUGCUACAAUCAUCACUAUAUUCAGCGCUGUGCCUAUUUUAAUUUAUCAAAAUAUUUUCGAAAUGAUAAAAGGAAUUUUUGUAGUGGGGUGCUGUUUGUUUUCAGCUUUUGCAUUCACAUUACCAGCUGAUGAUCUCCAUACAAUGAGUACGGAUGUAGCAAAAGCAAUUUAUGACUCAAAUUGGAUUGGCAGCUCGUUGUCUAUACAAAAAUCAAUGGUCAUUAUGAUGUGUCGGGCACAAAAACCAUUAGUUAUAAAUGUUGAAGGUGUAUUACCGGAAAUUACUUGUAAAUUUUAUGCUACAUUUUUGUCAUUUACUAUGACAUACUUUAUGACACUGCGUGCAUUAAUUUAUCGAUACAACGAUUAAUUCUGUCACUCACAAAAUAUUUGUAAUCAUUUUUGAGUAUGCAAUAAAGUCUGUGAUUCUGAG